AUGCGGCGGAAAAAGCGAGACGCAUUGCGAGCAGAGUUGCUUGCUGCUGGAGAUCCCAUUCUUUCCUGGCAGCAAGCACGCUCGCGGCCAAUACCGUCAGCUGGCAGCUCUGCUCAGCAGGCUGCAAAGUCCAAGAGCACUGGGCGGCAGGCGACUGUGAAGUGCCCGAUGCGUCGAAAACGACGCCGACUUCGAGCAAAACCAACUGUGGGCCUGGAAUCAUUUGCUGCUACAGUCGGAAGAUGCAAGACGAAAAAAAUCAAGGUUAAAGUCGCAGAAGUGGAGGCCCGUGCCGACUCGCGCUUGCCAUCACAGCCAAAUGCUACCAGCAUCGACGUCGUUCCGGCAGACACCCCGCGCAUCAAGAAGCGGAAACGCAAGAUUGCUCGGAAAGUGGGCGAAACACAAAUGUUUUCUUUGCGCACCAUCUUUCUGUAA